GGAUUUUUAGAAAAUCCGGAAGACUUUUUCGGGUUUCGGAGGUUGUUAGUUGCCUGGAAAACCAAUAAAGGCUUAAUUGAAAAAUCGGCGCCGGUCAGUCGAUGUAGUUACGUGUCUAGUUUAAAAUAAAACAAACCCAAAUUCUCCAGCUUGAAGUAUAUUAAAAAAUCUUGGGACGCCGUUCAGGGUCCAGAAAUACGUUUGUUUGUGACUUUUCAAUGUUCGAUAGCGACACGUUUUCCGAACUCGAAUACAGCGUAAAUAAUAAAUGUGUUUAUAUCCGUCUGCCUAUAUUUUUCAAAACGUGACAGCACUUACUGUUCGUCAAAAAUCUCACUUGAAGGUCGAUUGUGGUACAGAGAUCAGAACGGGCACUCCACCCAAUUCGGCCGAAAACAUGAUUUCCACACUUCGCUAAUUCUUGUGUUUAUAUCUUUCGAACAGAGAAAGGCCAGGAAGAUAUACCAGCAAAACAGAGACACAUCGUUAAAGCAAAAGGGAAUUUUUUAGAAUAGUGUUGAAUAUUUUCGUAAUAUUUCUAUAACCACAAGUCUUAGAAAGCACUUAAUUUUGUUAAGUACACUUUUCGUCGCAAAAUCAGACAAUCGCGAUUUCCUGACCUUCUGUUCGCAGACAAGAAAAUAGCGAAAAAAGUGUCUGGAUUACGUUUUUCGACCGAGUUACAUGGAAUGCCCGAAAAGUUUUCUAAAAACUCUGAAGACCGCUAAGUGUCAAAUAUUACUCGCACCUUUUGUUACACACGGUAAACAACUCGAUGAACCCUCUCGAAGCUUCUAAAACUGGGUUCAAGCUUAUAUGCAAUUUUUCACAGUUGAUUAUCUGUUUUGCUACAUUUCCUUCACUAGUUGUUCAAUUCUACCUAUGCCUACAGUGAAACUUUGUGUUUAGAUAAUUUUCUGAUUGCUAUUAAUCACAAAGCGUAAGUGGCUCCCUUUAUUUGAUUAAAGUUAUUUCCAAAUUAAUUAGAGAGCUAUGUAUAUUAUACAGUGACAUCUGGCUUUGUAACCAGUUCUCUUUGACGUAAGUGCAUCAAUGCUUAUUCUCUAUUGUUUAUUUAUUUCUUUGAUUUGUCUGUCCAUGGAUCACCUUAUGGCCAUUUUUUCAUGUUUUGCGAACACAAACACUACAUUAAUUUUCUAGACCUAUUUCUUUCACAGUCAAAGAUAUAUAGGGGAAAUUUGAAAAUAUGUCUUUAUCUCUAUAUCGAAGUUACUUUUCAAGUCAUGUGCUAAGGUCUAUUAUCAAAAAUUCUAGUCUUUUUCGAUUUUCUUCAAAUACCAGCUCUCGUAAUACGUUCUCUGAACGUAAACGUAUUUUUAAGCAAGUGAAUAUUGCUGAGUCAUCAGCAAAUGACAAUCGUUUAUCUUACGAAAUACUGCUAGAUAAAAAAAAAUUAAAAACUCCAUCGGGUACUAUUAUGAACAUUGAGAAUGAACUAUUAGCAUUAGCUGUCGCACAAGAAUGGAAUCAACAAAAAACAACGAUUGACUUACCAUCGAUGCAUUUGACAUCGUUAGUAAAUACCAUCAUUGAUAAUCCAAAUAAAGUGACAAAAUCGAAGUUAAUUGAACAAAUCAUGUUUUUUCUCGAAUGGGAUACAGUUCUUCACCGUUCAGAAAAUCCAGAAGAAUUAAAACAAUUGGAAUCGAAUGCAUGGAAUCCAAUACUUCAGUAUAUUAAUGAACAAUAUGGCACCCAGUUUAGUCCUACCUAUCACUUGGAUAUCAAACAAGUUGUGAGUGAUCAUGAUAGACAAGUCAUUGAAAAAUAUUUGAACCAGUUAGACGAACAAUCCUUGUUAACGUUUAUGUACAUGUCUGAAUUGUCAAAAUCGAUAUUAUUAAGCAUAUGUCUUUUGAGACGAUUCAGAACGAUUGAUGAAACAGUGACACUAUCACGUUUAGAAACAGAAUAUCAAAUUACACAUUGGUCAAAUGUGCCCUAUUAUCACGAUUAUGAACUCAUGGACUUACGUUCAAAACUUUCAGCUGCAUAUCUAGUUUUCUAUUUUUAUCAUAGAUACAUUUAUUCAUUCUCGAUGGUUAACAACGAUCAAAAAGCAAAUGAUAUGUUAGUGUCUUACGAUGAAAGUGAUUCGGAAUCCAGUUCCGAAACAAAACGAAAAACACACAAGAAACAUAAAAAGUCACAUAAACAUCAUAAGAAAGAUAAAGAACAAAAACAUAAGAAGAAAAAACACUCACAUCAUCGUCAUAAAUCAGAUCAGGAGGAAACACAACGAGUGGUAUCAUCAGACGUAGUCCAAGAAGAAAAUCGACAACAGAAACGAAAAAAAUCUCCAUCUUCAAGUAAUGAGACGAAAAACAAGAAAAUUCUAAUUGAAGAAAACAAUUUGUCAUCAACCAAACAGUUGAAAUCACUAAAUAUUAAUGAAGACACUGAUUCAACAGCUGCUAAAAAUAUCAAAAAUUCUUCUUUGCCAAUAAAGAAGCCUAAAACGGAAAUAACGACAACUACGAUUACGUCCAGUUCAAAAGUAUCAAUCUCAAGUAUUCCGCGACCGAAGAAACAUUCGAUAACAAAUGGUCAUCACACAAAGAAAACGCCUCGUUUAUCAACGGAUCGUGAAAGUUUAGAAGAAGGUGAACAUCCAACGUCCGAUAUUGAUACUGAUACUGAAUUAGAAACAACUGAUGGUACCAACAAAGAUCGAAAAAAAACUAAAACAAAAAAUAGACGAAGUAUAUCUGUUGAACGAAAACUGCGUACACCACCGUUAUCACAUCCACCAGUUUUGGAUUCUCGACAUCAUCGUUCCCAUCGAAGUCGAACACCUCCACCAGCCGUUUCCUCACGUUAUUAUUCACAACAACGGUCAACGGAUCAUCGCGGCGAUAGAGAUUCGAGAUAUUAUCAUUCGAGACGUCAUUCUCCGCCAUCUUCGCGUCAUCGUCAUGAAGAGUAUGAUAGAGAAAGAGGUAGAGGACAUCGGCAGUCUUCUCCGACAUCACUGUCUGAUAGAAAGAGAACCGAUAGCAAACACGAUCAUGCGGAUUCAACAAAGCAUACGCAUAAUAAAAACAGUAGAAAUCAUGCCAAUAAUACGACAAGCGACGAAGAACAUCUUGAUUUUGAAAUUCCAGAAGAUGAAGAAGAUGAAGAUGAAAAGAUUCGUAAACAACGAGAACGUCGUGAACAAUUGAAAAAGGAAUUGGCGCAAAAAGCUUUUGCUGACGAAUCUUCAAUGGAUAGUACUAUUCAGCAACAAUUACCAAUUGUUGCUGCUGCUGCUUCUCCGCUCAAUCCUAAUGUUAUUACUAAGCAGCAAGUUGUGGCUAAUGAGUAUGCUGUGCCUGCAGGCACUUCUAAAGCAAAUAUUGAUGAGGAUGAUGACGAUGUUGCGUUUGUUGAGAAUUGUCUAGAUGAUGUUGUGGAUUUUGAAGAAAUAGCACGUGAUAAACGAAAUGCAGUACAAGAACAACUCAGCGGGAAUACUAAUAUAACAAGCAAUGAUGCAAAUUCACCAUCAAUAGUACAAGAACUAAGAGAUGAAGAAAUGGAACGAAAAAAAACAACAAAUAACUAUGACAUGUUUGCCGAUGAUAACUUGUAUCAAGAGACAAAUAGUCCCGGUGCUUGGAGACGAAUAGGGAUAAUCCCCGGCCCAGAUAAUCCACAUUUAACAGACAAUUGGGAUGAUGCCGAAGGAUAUUACCGUGUUCAUAUUGGUGAAAUAUUGAAUGAUCGAUAUAAUGUUUAUGGUUAUACCGGUCAAGGUGUAUUUUCAAAUGUUGUACGUGCACGCGAUGAAUUGCUUGGGAAAAAUACUGAAGUAGCAAUCAAAAUAAUCCGCAAUAAUGAACUCAUGCAAAAAACUGGCUGGAAAGAAUUAGAAUAUCUUCGUAAAUUGAACGAAAGUGAUCCCGAAGAUAGAUAUCAUUGCUUAAGAUUAUUGCGACAUUUUGAACAUAAAAAGCAUUUGUGUUUGGUUUUUGAACCGUUAAGUAUGAAUUUACGUGAAGUAUUGAAAAAAUACGGUAAAGAUGUUGGUUUACAUAUCAAAGCCGUGCGUUCCUAUACUCAACAACUUUUGAUGGCACUGAAACAUUUAAAAAAAUGUAACAUAUUACAUGCUGAUAUUAAACCAGACAAUAUUCUUGUCAAUGAGUCAAAAUUAUAUCUAAAACUGUGUGACUUUGGUUCAGCGUCCUUUGCAUCUGACUGUGAAAUAACGCCAUAUUUAGUGAGCAGAUUUUAUCGGGCACCAGAAAUCAUAUUGGGUAUGCAAUAUGAUUUUGCCCUUGAUCUAUGGUCUGUUGGCCUUACGAUUUAUGAGUUAUAUACGGGAAAAGUGAUGUUUCCUGGUAAAACAAAUAAUGAAAUGUUAAAAUUAAUGAUGGAAUUUAAAGGCAAAGUACCGAAUCGUAUUAUACGCAAAGGUCAAUUUAAAGAUCAACAUUUUGAUGCUAAUUGUAAUUUUUUGUAUCAUGAAGUUGAUAAAGUAACACAACGAGACAAAAUUACCUGUAUAUCAAAUGUGAAUCCAUCAAGAGAUUUAUUAUCGUCAUUAGUUGGUAUGCAACGUUUGCCAGAUGAUCAAAUGAAAAAAGUUGUGCAAUUACGAGAUUUAUUAGAUAGAAUAUUGCUAUUUGAUAAACAAAAACGUCUUAGUAUUAAACAAGCAUUAGAACAUCCAUUUAUACAAGAUAAAAUUUGA